AUGACCGGUCUCACAGCCCUUGCAUCCCUAACAAAAGCCGCCGUCCUCCACCCCCGCGCCGGCUCCGACCCAGGCGUAGACCUAACCAACGCCUCGGACAAGGAAGCAACCUACUUCUUCUGCAACAACGUGGCCGUGAAGCCCUCGCAGACGGCGUCCGUGUCCCUCGGCGCGGACUUCAAGGGCCGCAUCGUGCGCGCGACGGACACGCCCGCCACGUGGGUCGAGGUGCAGAUCAAGGCGGCCGACGGCAACGCGUGGGGGGACGUCAGCCUGCAGACGGGGUGCGACGGGGCGGCGACGGUGGCGCCCACGGACGGGGGCGGGAGUUCUAAAGUUGGGUUUGAGGACGGGGGCGUUGUUGCCGGCGCGCCUGAGGGGGCUAGGACGACGCGCGAGGGCGAUGGGGAGACGGUUAUUGCUACGCCUUGGAGCGUGGGCAAGGUCCUUAACCAGGAGGCUGUUGACUACCUCAAGGACAAGGUCGGGGUUAAGAAUGCGUAUAUUGAUAACCUGUCCGGGACGGAUGUUGCUGUUAGUUCGAAUAAUCGGUUGGCUGUGGUUAUGUACUAG